UUCCUCAAAUAACAAAAUUGCCAUAAUUAUAUAUUUAUAUAUAACGUUUCCUUAUCGAGGGAAAAUAUCAGUCGUACUCCAACGGGCACUGCGCUAUGUUCAGCUAUUAACUGUCAUUUAUAACUCUAACAAGCCGUAUGAGAGUGUGGAGACAUAAUUACUCGCGCAGUAUCUCUCGAAUCUUUCUCGCAUGUGCUUCGUUGCAGCGUAUAUACGACUUUGUUGAUGUUCCUUUCGGCUGUCACUUUAUUUAGCAAAACGCAGUUACUGCCGUAACUCGUCGCGGCAAAAUAAUCAACUUGAUCAAAAUAUUGGAAGAGAAACCAUGUAAAGCGUGCACAAGAGAAGAACUUGACAUCCAGAUAAGAUACGAUCGUAUAAUCAGAUACAUUCAAUCAGUGCUCUUACUUGAUCGUGAUUCACAAUGGCUAUGUCAAAAAAUUUGAUCAAUUCAUUGGACGAUGCCGUGUUGGAGACUUUAUCAGGACUGUGCUACACGUACCCGCAAUUAGAGCAUCGCACAUCACACAGAAUCGUGUUAUCGCCAGAUUACAGAGAUCGUAAGAAUAAAGUGGCACUAAUUUGUGGUGGUGGUAGCGGGCAUGAACCAUUUGCCGCAGGUUUUGUUGGACGCGGUAUGCUAACAGCUUCUAUAGCGGGAUCUAUUUUCGCAGCACCACCAUCUGUACAUAUCACACGGGCUCUUCAAUGCGUCGCACGAUAUAAUGAAGCUGGUAUUCUAGUCGUGGUGCCUAAUUAUACGGGGGAUUGUUUGAAUUUUGGUAUAGCCGUUGAAAAGGCUCAACAAGCGGGGGGCAUCAAGGUAGAAGAGAUAAUUGUCGGCGAUGACUGUAGCAUACCUGAAAACGAAGAAAGCGUUGCUGGUAAACGCGGAUUGGUCGGCAUGUUAUUCGUUAUCAAGAUCGCGGGCGCUUUUGCCGAAAGAGAGUUUCCCUUGUACAAAGUAACGAAAAUUGCACAACAUGUUUCACAAAACACAGCGACCUAUGGAAUCGGAUUGUCCGCAUGCACUGUACCAGGUCAAGGCCUUAUGUUUGAGCUUACAUGUGACGAAAUAGAAUGCGGAAUGGGUGUCCACGGAGAAGCGGGAUACGAGAGAAUCAAGCUCAAAACUGCGUCCGAAUUGGUAACGCUAAUGCUGAAACGCAUUUGUGAGACCUUACGCUUGGUUGCUAAUGACACUGUUGCAGUUAUAGUUAAUAAUUUUGGUGCUCUAAGUCAAUUGGAACAAGGGAUCGUUGUUCAUGAGGUUGUAAAUCAGCUUCGAAAAAUGAACAUUGAACCUAUCCGUGUGUAUUCGGGCACUUUAAUGACAUCCUUAAAUAGCGCUGGUGUACACGUGAGUGUGCUAAAGUUAACAGAAAGUCAUAGAGACAUAUUCGUCAAGUGUCUUGACGAUGAAACGAUGGCACCUUGUUGGCCAGGCGGCAGUUACAGCAUUCCUUCAAAUGUUGGCUAUACUUCAUCUAAAGAUAAUAACGAAAAGGAGAAAGUAAAGAAGAUAGGGAUAUCAUUAAACAUACGGGAGCAGCACAUGAUGAAACUAUGUUUGAAGAAUGCGUGUACGGCUAUAAUCGAGAAAGAAGGAUAUCUUAACGAAUUGGAUCGUGGUUGUGGAGAUGGAGACUGUGGUUCAACGCUCAAGAGACUUGCCGAUAAUAUCUUGAAUAACUUGGACAAUUUAUCCUUGUCACAUCCAGUUGCGUUAUUAUCGGAAAUAGCAAACAUAGCGGAAGAACAGAUGGGAGGAACUUCCGGAGCUCUAUAUUGUUUAUUUUUUACGACUGGUGCGAAAGAGUUGGCAUUACUUGAUCAAAAGAAAGAUUUGCGAUACAUUUGGUACUGCGCAUUUCUCAGCGGAUUAAAGUGUUUGGAAAAAUAUGGAAAGGCUAAAGCUGGAGAUAGAACUAUGAUUGAUACAAUGUAUGCGACAUGCAUUACGUACGAGAAAUUAUUAAAUGAAGAUUGGAAUAAUUUUUAUGAUCAGAUAACUACAGCUGCAUGGGAAGGAUGCGAUUCUACGAAGAAUAUGAAACCCAAAGCAGGGCGAGCUAGUUACAUAAAACAAACCCGAUACUUGACAGAAGUGGAUGCUGGAGCGUAUGCCGCAGCAACGUGGAUUGCAGCUAUUGCACGGACGAUUAUGCAUUUCACAGAGUAACAUAUUUGUUGUAACAUAUUCUACUGGAAAACAAUACUCGAACGUUACUAGAACGUCGUAAAUAGAAGAAAUCAAUAACAAAUAAGUUUAUUAUUGAAUAUAGGAAGAAGAUAAUUAAUAAUUAACACCUCUUAUAUAAUUGUAGGUAUUACGCACUAUAUCUUUUGUAUUAAAUGCAUUGGUAACUAUACAUAAAAUGGUAAUAGACGUGUAUGCGCGUGUGUACAUUUGUUUUUAUAAACAUAAUAAAAGUUAUACUUUGUUAAA